AUGGCGUCUAGUUACGACAUUUUGCCCCAAGAUGGAGAAGCUAUUGGUUUUCAAGGAGCCAUCAACAACCACCAGCAGCAAUCGGACGAGCCUGAAGCUCAAAAAGCGAGCGGCGUAUGGCGCAUUCAUUGGCGGUCUCCGACAUCGAUGAUCGGCUUGUUCAUAGGGGCUACUGGCGCCGCUGUUGCUCACCACUUGUACUAUGAUAAUAUAGACGGGUCAGAAGUUGUCAUUGUACAAGACGAAUGGACUCUAGAAGCUGUGCGCAAUAGCCAAGAAUGGAAACUGCGAUUCGGGGCGGGACUCGCAUUCCUGGCCAAGGCCAUGUUCGCUGCCUCUGCUAUUGUUGCUUAUGAACAGCAGGCUUGGCUCACGGCUAGAACCAAGGCUGCGGUUGCUGGCCUAGAUGCAAUGUUUUCAGCAGCUCAGAGCCCGCUGAGUUUCUUUAGCCCGGACUUUUUGCGUAAAGCUAAAGCUGGAGCUAUCAUGGCCCUCCUUGUAUGGUGCAUUCCACUUGCAGCCGUCAUCACUCCUGGCACGCUCGUGGUGGUACCUACAACUCUAUCAACUUCCAAAUCUUUCCCCGUUCCUGUCAUCAACUUCUCUCAGGUUCUGCCUCUUUACGACUUUAAUUCCAGUGUCAUUGGAUAUGUUGCCACCUCAUCACAAAUCUUGCCUAUGAAUAUUGGCCUUGCUAACUCAACAUAUAAUUUGACCUUCCACGGUCCAUCUUUCCGCUGCAGAAAGCCGUCUGAAAUGGUAGGACAAGCUAUUGCUAUGACUCUCAAUGCGACCCGGUUUAUGUGUGAGGGGAACAUGGGUUCCAUGGCCUGGCUAGCAUUUGCGCCGCCUGGCCAAAUACUGUCGACAAUAGCCUAUUCAAAAAAGAAAGAGACACCACUCCGAGAACAUUGGGAGACUUUUCUAGCUUUCGUGUCUUCAUGUAUUACACAGCCUGCUAAGUCGGCCGUAGUCUUUCCACAGUUCGGUUCUCUGCCUCUCUGCGAGGGUAUAGUGGGUUCAUAUAAUGGUAGUACAUAUAGGGUUUCUCUACAAGAUUUGUCAUCCGUGAAAGUUGGAUUCAACCACGGUAGGCUCUGGGUUUCGGCUCAAAACGUAAUGUAUGAUUGUGUUUUAACCGACACCGAAUACAGCACGCGCUUCUUCUACUCUACAUCCGAGCAGGCUCAGCGUAUUGACCCCGAAUACAGCUUCAAGUGGACUGAAGAAGAUGUAUAUGACAGUUAUUUCUACCUUGCCGAUGCACUUGCAACUCUGCUUGGAGGAGCUGUCCGCGUCUUUGGAAAAGGCAUCAUGGCAUUCAAAACACGCGUUACAGACACAGCCAUCUUUGGCGCUCUCAAUGUUGAGUCAACGAAGUAUCAUAGUCCUGACCUCUCGCCCUCUGUGGGCGAGCUCAUAGAGGAACUUUCGCGAAACAUCACGUUGAGUGUGUUCAGUCUCGAUCAGAUGCUAAUCCAGAACGACACAAUGGUCAGAAUUUCCUCCGAUGUGAAUGUCUACUCAUAUAACCGAAGAGUUCUCAUCAUCACAUAUGCCGUCGUCUUUCUGGGCACAUUGAUUGCGUUGCUCAUCGGGAGCGUUGCGUAUUUCAAAAACGGCGUUAGCCACCAACUGUCCUUUUCAACAUUCAUGUCAACAACGAGAAACUAUCAGUUAGAUGAGUUAACGGCGGGAAGCUCUAUGGGUGCCAUGCCGCUAAGGGAUUCUAUUCGGUCAACAAAACUUCAAUUUGGCUUCCUGCGGAAUGCUGAUGAAGGAGCUGAAAGGGAGGAACUAAUGCGAAGAGUGGGAUUUGGCCUCUCCGAUCAGAUUGUGCCGCUGCAAAAAGGCAUUCCUUAUUAUUAG